GGAGGUAUGGUUUUAAAUCGACAACGCAACCUGUUCAAGUUCGGGCACUGCUGGUCCGCAAGGGUCCGAUUGACACGCUCCCGUAACGGAUGCCGUUUUCAUCCAAGAACGGGUCCCCCGUCCCUUUUUGACCCGUGUGUGCUGAGCAAAAAUGCCCAAAGACGAUCGAUCCUCGUGAGCGCACCCAGUGUGGAUGCAGAAGUAGGUUUAGACACAGUAUGUAGGGAGCCUUGAGGCUGGAAAGGUCGAGUGUGGCUGCCCUGGGCGGCGAAGGAAGCAAACGGAGCUUGUUGUCGUCCUGCGGAGGAGUUCAGGUCCCCAGCAAUGUCCGGGGUGGUUUCUUGCCUCCUCUGGUGCAGCAAAACCCUCGUGUCUGCCAAUGCUUCUUGUCCUGUUGCUGAUACAGGUUUGAGAUCCCAGUUCUGUUCUCCUGUCAGUGGGAAAGGCUCCCUUUUGAAGCAGCACAUUCAUUCAAGCACCAUAGGUCUGACUUGCCAGCUUCAGAACCAUGGCAACAGAAGAAAAGAAACCAGACGCAGAAUCCACCAAAACACAGUCGACUCCUUCCUCUUCAACCAAUCAGAGCAAGCUGCUGACAAACUAAUAAAAAUUUGGGGAGCGUAUGAUGGCAAGUUUGAAAAGACGAUAUCUGGUCACAAACUGGGCAUCUCUGAUGUUGCUUGGUCAUCAGAUUCCAACCUUCUUGUGUCUGCCUCAGAUGAUAAAACUCUCAAAAUAUGGGAUGUGAGCUCGGGCAAGUGUUUAAAGACGUUGAAGGGGCACAGUAACUAUGUCUUCUGCUGCAACUUCAACCCCCAGUCCAACCUCAUCGUUUCAGGAUCAUUUGACGAAAGCGUGAGGAUAUGGGAUGUGAAAACAGGGAAGUGCCUCAAGACGCUGCCUGCUCAUUCUGACCCAGUUUCUGCUGUGCAUUUUAAUCGUGAUGGGUCCCUGAUAGUGUCAAGUAGCUAUGAUGGCCUCUGUCGAAUCUGGGAUACAGCAUCGGGCCAGUGCUUGAAAACACUGAUUGAUGAUGAUAACCCUCCUGUGUCUUUUGUGAAAUUCUCUCCAAAUGGCAAAUACAUUCUAGCAGCAACUUUGGACAACACUCUAAAACUUUGGGACUACAGCAAAGGAAAGUGCCUGAAGACAUACACAGGUCACAAGAAUGAGAAAUACUGCAUAUUUGCAAACUUUUCUGUUACUGGUGGCAAGUGGAUCGUAUCUGGUUCAGAGGACAACCUGGUUUAUAUCUGGAACCUCCAAACAAAAGAGAUUGUACAGAAAUUACAAGGGCACACAGACGUUGUGAUCUCCACAGCCUGCCACCCCACAGAAAACAUAAUCGCAUCAGCGGCACUAGAAAACGACAAAACAAUUAAACUGUGGAAGAGUGACUGUUAAACGUUUUCGAUAUCACUUUAGAGACUGUCGGCAAAAUUUUGUUUUUAAAAAAAAAAAAAGAAAUGGAAAAAAAAAUAACCCCACUCAACGAGAGUAAAAACCCCAGUUUGGCAGAAAACCUGAAGAAUAUUUGCGAGAGAGGUUUCUGUUAGUCUUGGUCCAAAGAAAACAUCUUUAGCGUCUUGCUAGAACGGGGCAGCGCAGUGGAAAAAAGAUGAAGCGUCUCCUUUCCUUGCCUGGUCGCUUGGCAGACCUGGAUUGUUCUGAGAUGGCGUUAGAAGUGUCAGCCUUGUAUUGGAAGCCCCAAAGAUAUACUGUACUGUGUGGUAGCAUUAUUCCUUUGGUCUCUUGGUGCUGCUUAAGGAAAAGCUGCCGGUCUGGUUUGUAACAGUAAGUUAAGUUGUGAGCCUAGAUUUUUUUUUUUUUUUUUUUUUUUUUUUUUAAUGUCUAAUUUUUUAAUUUGUUUUGCAGGAGAGUAGGUUCUAGUCUCUCGGAAGUUUCUUUUCAAUGUUUUAAAUAGGGGUACUGCGUCUUGGACGAUGCUUCAUUUCAAACAUGCAGCUCAAAUUUUGUGACCAAAUAAUAAAAACCAUGCAGUUUCAGAUCUUCCCCUUCCUGCCCCUGACUUCAGACUCCUGUGACAAAAAUCUCUCCUCUUACUUCUGUAUAGUUGCUUACCUCUUGUUCUGUGUGUUUAAUAGAAGCUGUUAUAGAGCAAAGUUACAGCUCUUCUGUUAACCAUUAAAAUGAUUCCUGCUUGUAGUUGUUCUCGGUAUAUUUUAACUUUUUUUUCCUCUUCUUGGAAAAAAAAAAAGAAAAAGUUGACAGAACAGUGUAAAAUUUAUUUCAAUGAAAAAAAAAAAAAAGAAACGAUUUUGUAUCUUGGAAAUUCCUCGUAUAGAACUGUAUCACUCAUGGCAUGACUCUGUAUCUAUUUCAGCGUCGGUAUUUCUUCCCCUUUUUGUCACACUACUGUGGUAUUUACACAUCAAAGCCAGUACCAUAUGCCAUAAUAAAGAGGUGGGAUUUUAUGUGUA